ACCCAGACAUCGGAAGCAAAGUACGAGCAUUUCAAGGAUGGCUAAAAUGAAAGCGCUUCAUCUUGCGGCCAUUUUGAUCUGUUUUACGGCGUUUGUUGUGGAGAUUGUCGCGGAUGAGGGCACUGCCGGCGGAUCGGUGAAGAAAAUCUCCCCUCGUGCGGGAAGCCUGGAGGGGAAAACCCGGAUAACCAUCAGUGGCAGCGGUUUUCCCGACCAGUACGCUGGAAACAAGGUUUUCCUCAUCAACAAGGACGGGACCCAUUCCGUGGAGUGUGACGUGGACAAACAACAGAGUACCGCCAUCGCCAUCGUCUGUGACACCAGGCCGGCCCCCGAGGGCGAGUACAAUUUACGGCUCUAUGAGAACGACGCGCCGCUCCCGGACGAGCAGCACUGCAGUGCUGACGAUGAUCUGUGCAAGUUCGAGUACGAGGAUGGCCAUACACCGUACAUCAGCGGGAUCACCCCCAAAUCUGGACCUCCUGGAACUGUUGUGGACUUUCGUGGAAAGAUCUUCACUUCAAAGUACCAGAAUACAGCUGGGGGCGAUGCAGACACCAUCGAAAGAGCUUAUGUUGGCAAUGCCAUUUGUGACUUGGUCGACGAAACUGGAGAACUGUACGGGAUACAGCUGGAUGCUGACUCCAACUGGGGAAACCUGAAAUGUCAAGUCAAGAACAAGUUCAUUGGUAGUCACAAUGGCAGUUUUGUCAUCAGUGGAAGCCGUGGCAGGUCCCAGACUACAAAAGAAAACAUACAAAUCAGUGCCCAGUCUGAACUGUACGGAUUCCAAACUCAUGCUGAGGUGUUGGGUGUUAGUCCAUCCGGAGGUAGUGAAGGAGGAGGCACCCGUAUCACCAUCAGGGGGAGGUUCUUUAACUACACCACUGGCAGGACACCUCCAAGGGUUCUGGUUGGAGGGCAACCAUGUGAGGUUGUGGGUACCCCAACAUUUGACACCAUUGAGUGCAUCACCCCAGCUGUUCCAGAGAGCCCCCUACCAGCUUGGCCAGGUGGCCGUGGUGCAAGAAUCGAACAGUGGAACAACACCAAUCCCUGGAGUACAGAUGAUUUUGCACUGGUCACCAACUACACCUCUGACAGAGCUGGGUACUGGGUCCGUCCUGUAGCGGAGGGCUUCUGGUGGACUGAGCCGGUCAUGGAUUCUUACGUAACAAGGACGAAGGCUUUCUUUGUACCAACUGCAACCGGAUUGUGGCAGUUCUACGUCAAAUCAGACGACAGAUCCAACAUGUACAUGAGCCCAGAUGAAGACCCUGCAAAAAGGGUGAGGGUUGCCUACUGUCGCCAGUACAGGCCCCACUGGACCAGACAUGCAGAGCAAAGGACAGAAAAAAUGAUGCUGCAGGAAGGAAAGAGGUAUUACAUGGAGGUGACCCAUCAUGAAGGUGGUGGUGGCUCCAAUGUCUACGUCGCUGCACGCUACUUUGAUACUGACUUCACCUCGGGACAGACAGACAAUGCCUGGAUGGAGGAGCAAGAAAUCAAAACGACUUCUACAGUAAGGAAUGAAGUUCAGAUCGUGACCCUGUCAAGCUGGUCGACCGCCUCGGCUAGGAAUGAAGUCCAGACUGUGACCAUCUCCGGUGGACAGAACUUUAAGCUAACAGUAGGGGGUGCCACCACAGGACUGCUGAACUCAGACAACAGUGCAGGAACAGUCCAGAAUGCCCUCAACGUGCUCCCCUCCAUUGCCCCUGAACAAGUCCGUGUCUCCAAGUCAGGCAAUCGAUAUACCGUGGAGUUCAGGUCUACCCAAGGAACCUUCCCAACGAUUGAAGUGAGUCUGGCCAGUGGAGCCAGUGUGGCCAGGACAACUGAAGGAAAGCCGUCCCUGGCUACCUUCACGCUGAUGUUCGGUGGUGCCUACUCUGACCCCAUUUCAAAUGAUGCAGAUGGACCAACGGUGCGCAGUGCUAUACUCUCCAUGCUGUCUGUCAAGUGCGUUGAUGCCAUCUCCAACCCCAGCAGUUCCAUCACAAAGUUCUUUCGGGACUUUGAGAGUGACCCAACCAGCUUUCAAAACGGACCCAGGGUCCCAGGGGACGUGGCAUGCGGCCGUUAUGCAUUGAAGAGGCCCUACUGGAUCUACCACUACUACAACGCAGGAGAAAUUCCCCUGCAGACCUAUAGAUACACCUGCUUUGCAUACAAAGGAGGACCAAGCUUCAGCUCUAAGAUUUUUCUGCGCCUGAACUAUAAUGAGGGUGGUCUAGCUAAGAUGUGGUGGCCUACAUAUGACGUGGGACUGGUGAACGACCAACAGUGGCAUUAUAUCUGCCUCAACGUGUACGAACUGGUGUCAAACCACAUCACCGCAGGAAGCAACUUCCGCAUGUCCGGCAUGCUUCUGACCGGGGGACAUCAGAUUCCAAGUGGUGAGGAGGAGGACUUCUACAUCGAUAACUUCUACGUUGGGAGGAUUGCUACUGUCAGUAAUCCAGACGAUGUGCUAUCCCAGAGUGCACCUGGACCAAGCCUGAGUGGAAACGUGGUGAGUGACGUCCUGGUGUCCAAGACUGCGGAGGAGUCAGUCUACAACAUCACGUUUGUGCCGUACAACUGUGGUCACAACUUCCCACUCAUGGAGGUCCGAUCCGCAACGAAAAGCGGUAAUCGCAAUAGAAAGACCUACACCUUCCCGAGCACGGGAACCAGCUCCCAGAUACUGAUAGAAAGGGAGUGGGGCGCUACACCACCGAUUACUGGCACCCUGGACUUAAGUUAUAAAGGAGCCUCUGUGACUGGGAUUGCGUCUGACAUAUCUGCGAGUGACCUAAAAGCCCAGCUGCUGACGAUCGGUACAGGUGAGGUGUCGGUGGAGAGAGAGGGCUCCUGUUCCGGCUACACCUGGACUGUAGACUGGCUACUGAGUGGGGGAGAUAAGCCUGCCAUACAGGUGGAUGGCAGUGGCCUGAGUGGUGAAGAUGCAGCAGCAGAAGUGGUGGAGUCCAGAGAUGGCGGCCUGUUCAUUAACCCUCUCGGCGGAGACUACGUGGAGACUGUGCAUGACAACCCACAGGUCCAAGUCUUCAUCAACAAUGUCCCCUCCUCUUGUGUCGGAGUCUGUGACUUUGUAUGGAACGAUGGUGCAACACCAACCAUAACAUCUGUGUCCCCUACUAGUGGCUCAGCAAGUGCCAGUACUGAUCUGACCAUCACAGGCAGCGGCUUCAGCACAAACACCUCUCUCAUCAACGUCGACAUCGGUGGAGUGGCGUGCGUGGUUGCCACGGCAACAGCCGAGCAGAUCACGUGUUCCGUGCAAGAGGGCGCCGGCGGUACCCACGCCGUGCAGCUGACGGUUGGUGGAAAGGGGCGCGCUAAGCACGUGAACCAGACGUUCAGUUUCACGUACACCGCCACUGUCAGCGGGAUUACUCCAACAUCCGGCAGCCUCGGGGGUGGAUCGACGUUGAAUAUCACCGGUCAUGGUUUUGGAGAGGACUACGUCCCAAAGAUCGACGGUCAACCCUGUGAAGUCACUCUGAGGACGUACAGUGUCAUCUCCUGUACUACACCUGCCAGGUCCACAGCAGGGACAGUAUCUGUGACAGUGUACCAGGGAGAUGACCUGGGCACAACUCUGACCAGCCCUACAAGCUUCACGUACGAUGCAGGACAGACUCCUGUCAUUACUGCAUUCAACACCUCAGUCGCAAGUGUGGAAGGUGGGACAGUUGUUGCCAUCACUGGAACAGCCUUCGGGGAAGCAGCAGCGGAUGAUGCCGUGAUGAUCGGAGAAAAGGCGGCUGAGGUUCUGUCAUACUCAGACACUGAAGUAGUGGUGAGACUGCCGGCCAUGGAAACAGGGUCAUAUCCUGUACACCUCCUAGUGGAUGGAAAUGGAUAUGCAGACACGAGCACAAACAGCAUUCCAGACGUGGACUACCGUCUGUCCGUCACAAACAUCUAUCCCGACCGCGGGUCCAUCCUGGGAGGAACACGCGUCCUCAUUAAGGGAGAAGGGUUCAGCGAGACCGCGGACAGUAACGUGGUGAUGUUUGGUAACGUUCCCUGCGAGGUGGAGUCGGCAGAUGCUACUCUCAUUGCCUGUGUUACUGGGACAGCUGCACAGACAUAUGAAGUCACUAACGAUGGGACACAUCCAGACUAUGGACAAGGGUAUGCGUGGAGUGAGAGUCUGGUGAUUGCCAGUGUUGGAGACAAGGUACGCUGGAAGUGGGAUGCCCCAGACCUGGCUCAGGGAGUCGCCUACAGUGUCCAACAGACCGCUAGUGCCUCCAGCACAGAUUAUGACGGCACAGGCUUCUUUAGUGGUCCCAGGAUUCCCAAAGGUGUGUUUGAGCAUACCUUCACCACACCAGGCCAGUACUUCUACAGUACUGCAGCUGUGGACUCCAGUGGAAGGAUCUUCAUGAAGGGGUCUGUGAAAGUCCUGUCUCUGGAGGAACAGAACCGGGAGGAAAACCUCAAACUGACAGUCGCAGGCUUUGAGGCCAACUAUGAUGUCGAUUCAGUUGCUGCAGAUCCCACUGACACACGUUCGUGUCCUGGAAGCGUUAGAAGCAUCUCUGGCUGCACGGACGCUGCUCCCACAUCCAACUCCUCCGCUGACGGUUUCCCCUUCGACUUCUGGAGCUGUGUCACUCCCAAGAUCACCUCCAUCAGUCGAAGCAACGGAACUGUGCGUGAUACCAUCACCAUCAGAGGGUCUGGAUUUGGGACUAACACUUGUGAGAACGAGGUGACCAUCGGUGGAUACACAGCUGACUGCACACGUGGCGAAGACGACCUCUUCUGUAAAGCUAACCCACACGAUAGCGACAUGGACGACCCCAUGCCGAUCGGCACCUACCUUCCUAUUGCUUUGUCUGUCACCAACGGCGGGCAUGCCCUGACAGAAAUUACGCGAACCCAGGACCGCAGUUUCGUUCUGCUUUCAAACAUUGACAGUGUGACUCCCGCCCUGGGCUCCCUGGCAGGUGGAACUCGGGUGGUCAUCACAGGAAACGGAUUCUCAUCUUCCAUGCAGGUCACGGUAACAGACCAGGCGUGUAACAUCGUCAGCGUCACAUACACCAAGAUCGUGUGCAAGACAAGCGCACACCAGUCUCGCAAGCGCUCUACCAGCCAGAACGUUGCAGGCCAGGUUACCGUCAGCCAGUCUAUCAACGGUGUGACCAUGCAGGUGGCAUGUACGUCAAACUGCGGGUACACAUACGCCGUCAGUGCAACCCCGACAGUUACUGCAGUGGAGCCAACUCAAGUGUCAGGUGCGGUAAAUGAGCUACGCAUCAAUGGAACAUUGUUCGGUACAGAAGCGUCCAACGUUACCAUCUCGGUUGGCAGCGAAGAAUGUGUCAUCACCCACAUCGAAGACGAUUUCAUCCUGUGCGACCUCGCAGCAGUCCAAGUCGGUAACAACGCGUUUGAGCUUCACAUCGACGGGAAAGGAAACGCUGAUUCGUCCGUGUCGACGAUCGAAAGCUUGGCAGUAAUUGACAGCUUCACCCCCACCAAUGGCAGCACCCAGGGUGGGAUGACUCUCACCAUAACCGGAAAUGGAUUUGUCGAUGGCGACACAACGAUCAUGUUUGGGUCAUUAGUCUGCCCAAUCACUGAAAUAUCACUACUCCAGGUGAAGUGCACAGUCCCUGCACAUGCUGAAGGACUAGAAAAUGUUGUGACGACUUCCAACGAUGUGCAGUACCCAGUCAAGCAGUUUGAGUAUCUUGAAGACCAAACUCCAGUGGUGGAUUCCAUAGACACAGCAGUUGGAAGUACAGGGGACGCCAUAACCCUCACAGGCAGCAAGUUUGGCACAGACCAAGGGGACAUCGUCGUCACCAUUGACAACGCUGGAUGCGGUGUGACCUCGCUCUCCGACACGGAGAUCCAGUGUUCGGUGGGCUCUCACUCUGCCGGGGAGUUUCCUGUCGUGGUCCGCAGUGAGUCGAGAGGUUACGCCAUCUCAAACGUCAACUUCACGUACCAGCUGAGGGUGGAUUCUGCCUCCCCAACUGAAGGUCUGAUCACUUAUAUAGUUUUUGGAGGAGGACAACCCCUGACUGUGACUGGAGCAGGCUUUGACCCACAGCUGACCGUGGUGACAGUCUGUGACAGGGCGUGUGUGCUGAUAGGACAGCCUGACCCCAGCAGUCUCACAUGCGAGGUUCCUGCCAACCCUGAUUCCUCAUCAGGUGAUGAGGCCUGUUCCGUGGAGGUGAGUGUGAACAGUGAGUCAGACAGCAGAGCCAGUGCCUUCACCUACAGGGCCAACCUUUCCCCGAGGGUAACCAACGUUUCCCCAUCAAGGGGAGGAACUGCAGGGGGGACGACUGUCACCAUCAGGGGGACUGGCUUCAGCACGACCUCAGGUCAGAAUGUGGUGACCAUUGCGGGGAGUGCCUGCAUCAUCCAAUCAGAGUCUGCCACUGAGAUCGUGUGUGUGACAGAAGCUCACAACGGAACUGCCAAGUCCAAGGUCAGGGUGGAGGUCGGCGAUCAGGGCGUGGCCCUGCAGACUAAUGCUGAUUUCUGGUACAUCGAUGUCUGGUCGUCUCCAUACACGUGGGGAGGGGGGCCUCUGCCAGAAGCGGGUGACCUUGUUGCUGUGCCAAAGGGCAUGACCCUUCUCCUGGACGUCACCACUCCUCUACUCAAGGUCCUGCUGAUUGAAGGUGGCGAGCUGAUCUUUGAUGAGAAGGAUGUUGAACUGAAGGCAGAGAACAUCCUCAUCACAGGUGGUGGACUUCUCCAGGUUGGGACAGAGGAGGAACCAUUCCAGCACAAGGGUAUCAUCACACUGUUUGGCCACGUCAGGUCUACUGAACUGCCUCUGUACGGAGCCAAGACACUGGCUGUGAGGGAAGGGAGGCUUGAACUGCAUGGUCGGCCUACCCCCGUCACCUGGUCGCGACUGUCAGAAACAGCUGCUGCAGGUGCUACGACCUUGACACUGAAGGACGGUGUCAACUGGAAUGUUGGGGACAGCAUUGUUAUUGCCACAACUGGAGAUCGGCACAGCCAGGGGCAAAAUGAGAAACGGGAGAUCCGGGCUAUUUCUGAGGACGGCAGAACGCUGACUCUGACUGAAGCCGUGGAAUACGAACACUUGGCGGCCACGUCCACGUUUACCGCCGGCGGAGAGAGCGUCACUGUAAGCUACGGGGCAGAGGUCGGCCUUCUGACUCACAACGUUGUCGUCAGAGGGAACAAUAACGAAGACUGGAACACUGAGAUCGAAGCCUGUGAGGCAGGGUUUGACACAGGGGAGUUCACGACACAGACCUGCUUCCAGGGUCGGUUUGGUGAUGACAUCGGGUCGGACAUGUUUGGUGCGCAGGUGAUGUUCCACGGACCCCGUAAGGAUGAAGAUCUGGUGGCGGGACAUCUUUCCUACGUGGAGUUUACCAACUCUGGACAGGCCUUCAGGCUGGGAAGGUAUGCCAUCCAUUGGCACAUCAACGGCGUCAUGAGAGGCAGUUACGUCCGCGGCUGCUCCAUCCACAAGAGCUUCAACCGCGCCGUGAACAUCCACGACACUCACGAGAUGCUGAUCGAACACAACGUCUUCUACAACAUCAUGGGAGGCGCCAUGUUCCUGGAGGAUGGGGUGGAGACUGGAAACAUCUUCCAGUAUAACCUUGGAGUCAUGGUCAUAUCAAGUACAAGUUUGCUGAAUGAUGACAUCACCCCUGCUGCGUACUGGGUGACCAAUCCCAACAACACACACAUUCACAACGUCGCGGCGGGAGGCACGCAUUUCGGCUUCUGGUACCGCAUGCACCCCCACCCCGACGGACCGUCCUUCGACUCCAACAUCUUCCCCGACCACGUGCCGCUGGGAGAGUUCUACAACAACACCGUCCACUCCCAGGGCUGGUUUGGCAUUUGGAUCUUUGAGGAUUACUUCCCGACCACGGACGGGACGCCUGCGGGAGACCCGCUGCCUGCAGACUUCCGCGGGCUGACCGCCUGGAACAACGAGAAGGGAGCAGAGUGGGUCCACUGUGGCGCCAUCCGCUUCUCGGACUCCAUCAUAUUCAACAAUGAAAAGGCUGGAUUUGAAGCCAAAUUCCUCUUAAACGUGGCAUGGGGGGACGCCAUGUAUAGAAAUUCCUGGAUCGUCGGACGUGCGGACGAACUUGCGUCAUCGAACACCUACUGCACCAAGAAGGGCAUCAUCCUACCGUACGGACAUCGCUUGACCGUCAGUGGACUCAAGUUUGUCAACUUUGACCAGCCUUCAUGUGUGGCCAUUGCCAUCACAACAAUUGAUGGUACUUGCGGGGAUUGGUGCGGUGGUUUCACCUACAAGUUUGACAACACUCUGUGGAACAACUCUCCAAGUAAAGGAGCAUUCCGCUGGGUCCAUCAUGGAGUGUACUAUGACACAGACGGUACCCUUACCGGCACUGCUAAUUCAAAGAUUGUUCCCACCAAUGAUGCCCUGCCACCUGAAUGCACCGCUAGUGCAGAGUUUAGCACCAGGCCCAGCAGCCACCCUGCUAGUAUCUGUCCCGCCGGGGUCGACUUCGUAAGAUUUGCCUGGAAGGACGCUUCCCCAUCCAGCCUGGAGGGCAAAGAUGUGGCCUUCACCAGCCCGUGGGGGACAGUUCUCAGCUACUUCAUAGACAAGAGGAUGACACAUAAGCCAGGCUGGAUGGCCCUUCUGCAGUUGGGAACUUCACACAAAAAGGAGUAUGUGGACGCUGAACACCUCACCAACAUCUCGUACACGGGAGCUUUCAGUGAAUUUGCAAAUGACCAGUGGAUCAACAUCUAUCACAACUUCACCCAGAAGCCCGACCGGUUCCAGGUGAUCCCGGGUGUGAUGAAGAACGCGUCCAGCCGGCCCGUGUCGUAUGAAGAUAACGACAACGGAGACUGGUACUUCGACACCAACAUCAGGAGAUUCACCUACAUCCUGUCCGGCAAGGAUUCAGCUGACCCUGCAGUGACCAGGCCUGUCCAGCUGCGUGUGUACCGCUGCUACUACGCUCAGUGUAUCCCCCCGCCUGACCCCAACACCCUCCCCCCAGCCCGCGAGAGGCCCGAGGAGUUUGACCUCUGGUCCGACCCCGAGUCGUGGCAAGGAACCGAGGAGGGGUGGGGCGGUAACUAUGGCAACGGAGCCUACGGACUUCCUCAGGACGGAGAUGAUGUGAAGAUUCCAGGAGGUAAAUGGAUGGUCGCUGACACCGCACUACCCGUCAUGCACAAGCUCUUCAUCUACGGAGUUCUGGAAUUUGACGACGGCCCAGACAAAGACCUCACUCUUACAGCUACCUACAUCAUUGUGCAGGGAGGGCGGUUGAUCAUUGGCUGGGAAGACAACCCGUACCAGGGCCAGGCUAAGAUCAUCCUGCAGGGAAAUCACCUGACUCCGGACUACCCCUUCCCAAGUGUCAACGCAGGCUCCAAAGUUCUGGCCUGCUUCGGUGGCUGUGACCUGCACGGGAAGAACAGGAACUAUCCCUUCACCAAAUUGGCGCAAGAUGUCGAAGUCGGAGCCACCCAGCUGGUGGUGAGGGACCCGGUGGACUGGGUGGUCGGGGACGAGAUUAUGGUAACAACCACUACUUUCGACCCCUGGCAGACAGAGACCUUCAAGAUACGGGCCAUCUCUGACAAGACUAUAACUCUGAAUGCUUCAGUGGCAUUCCAUCAUUUAGGUUCAACCUACACCUUGGAGGAUGAAUCGACCUACACCAUGGCAGCGGAGGUCGGCCUGCUAACCAGGAAUGUCAAGGUCAUCGGAGACGACUACGGAAAACUCUUCAAGGAGUCGUUUGGUGCCAGGGUGAUGAUCAGCAAGUUUGCCACUGAAGAAAGGGAAUAUAUAGGCUAUGCCCGGAUCACCAACACGGAGUUCUACCGAACAGGCCAGGAGGGUUGGACAGACUUUUUUGAUGCCCGCUACUCGGUGGCCUACAUGGACACGGGGACAGUUGACUCCAUCCGCCCCUCCUAUGUCAGGAAGAACGCCUUCCAUAACGGCUUCUCUGUCGCUGUCGGUGUCUUUGGAGCAACUGGCAUUGAGGUGGAUGACAACGUCAUUCACCAUACAGUUGGGCAAGGAAUAAAUGUCUGGGGCACGAACAACAAAAUCCGUAACAACUUGGUGGCUCUGAACAUCUGGACUGGUGACUACAACGGCCGUACGGAGGAGAAUAACUGGAAAUGGGAUGCCGGCAUCGAGGUGCAGAAUGGCCGGGGCAUUGUGCUACAGGGGAACAUCGUCGCCGGGUCGGAAAAGGCAGGGUAUCAUAUCGAUGGAGAACCCUGCACAGGCAACACUGCAGAGGCAUGGUCUAACAAUGAGGUGCACGGAACCCUUGUUGGUGUUUGGGCCUUUGAAGACGGCUUCCCGCCCUGUGUCAAGGUCCGAGGAUUUUAUGUUUGGAAAGCCUUCGACUUCGGCAUCUACUUCCAGUCAGAUUGCAACUUGGAGAUUUCAGAUAACACUAUUGCUGAUUCCCGGCUUGGACUGUUUCACUUUGUGAUUGGUCCAUCGGCACUCACACACCAAGUUAAAGACAACUGGGUCCAUUUGAAAGACUCCACCUUCAUUGGCAAAAGUGAAGGAUUUGAUUGUGACAGAGACCUUCCCCAACUGAACCCUAACCCCAAACCAACCUACAUCAGACUUCCCAAAAUGGGUCGUGGUUUUGGGUCUCCAGGUGGCGCGAUGGUUGGCACACAGGUGGCCAUGCAUUCACAGUCUAACAACGGUGUCCCCACACAUCCCUUUGCUGGAAACAUGGCCUACCCACCCCUCUCUGGCUACAUGGUGAUAAACAAUGUGAAGUUUGCCAGAUAUGGUAACCAGUGCGGAAGGGAGGAUGUGGCCAUCAUGACUAACCCUAAUCAGGAGGAUGCCACUUUCCCAACCUACACCAGCGGGCUUUCCUUCCCUGGAACUCAAGAGCAGUACAGAGUCUACUACAGCCGCCCUUCAUUGGGAUCUAUCAACCCAUCCGACUGUGUUGACAUGCCGUGUGACGCGAAACACAUCGCGCUCAUCAAGGAUUCUGACGGCAGCCUGCUGGGAACGGCGGGGACAGUAGUUCCAGAGCAGGAGUGGCAGUGGGACGGGGACAGACGCUACGGGAUCGGAGACUACCGUAUCCCUGUGCCCGCGCUGUCGGACGCUGACGGCAACAAGCUGGCGGUGGCAGACGUGGCUCCUAACAAAGGUGCCCUGCGUGACAGCAGUUGUACGUACAAAUCUGCCUGGCAAGCCUACGAAUGCCACGACAUUGACUACCAGAUGUUGAUCAUCGAGAGCAUGGACCCAGACACUGAGUCACGGAGGCUGUCUCCAGUCGCCGUGCUGUCAGAAGGCUACGUGAGCCUUUAUAACGGCCCUAUGGACCACGGCUGGUGUGUAGGCUACACCUGCCAGCUACGCAUCUCCACCUUUUACACAAUCGUGUACUCAGAUAAGCACCAUGACAUCUACUUUACAGGGGUGAACCCACAGAAGUUGCGUCUGACCUUAAGGCUACGUGAUGGAGAAGACAAGGCCAUACGUGUGGGCAUCUUCUAUGCCAAUCCACAACGUUUGGACGUCUACAGGGGCACCAGUUAUGUCAUGCCCACCAACGGAGAAAAUAAUGCUGACGGACAGCUCAUCUUGAAUGCACCAACAACAGCAGGACAGUACAUGCCGGCCAUGAAUGCCGCCAGUGGAACCAACUACUUUGACGAUGAGAAGAAGACGCUCUACAUCACCAUCCGAGGCUCCACCUCUAUCGACAUUGUCACCAUGCCGGUCCUGAAGGUGGCGUUCGGAAUGCCCGCCAUCACCGUGGACGAAUUCUUCGAGAACAACCUGAGGCAGAAUCUCGCAAGCUUCCUGGGCAUCCCGGCAAACAAGAUCCGCGUCGUCAACGUGGUCCGUGAGGACAGCAGGAGAAAGAAGAGAGCUGAGGGUAGCAUGACGGUUGAAGUUGAGAUCACCGAUCCACCAGCAGAAGACAGCUCUUCAUCUGAAGAAACAACGGAAGACACACGUCAGGACCUCCAGCAGGCCUCCUCCCUUAUUGUUGAUAGUACUCAGCUGGGUACCAUCAGUGAUGAGAUCGGUUAUGAAGUUCAAAGCCUGGCAGUGGUUGAACCUCUGCCAUCAACCAACUCCUCGGACUGGGAGGAAGCGGCAGAAGAGGCAGAGAGUGGAACCAGUCCCGCGCCGACGGCCAUCCAGAUCCCCUCUAGGAUCGUGGUGCACACCCAGCCCGGUCCCAGAGGGGAGGGGGCGGCCUUCCCCACACAGCCAGCCCUGCAGGUGUUUGACGGCUCGGGGAACCUAGUGACGACCCUGGGUGCCUCGUCUAGCCCAUGGGAGGUGCAGGCCACGAUCAGGUCUGGUACAGGUACGGACGCCCGCGCCGCGACCACGGGAGACAGCGUCGUGUUCAAGGACGGCUGGGCCAACUUCACCGACCUGGCCAUCUCUCACAGUGGAGAGGGAUACAUCCUGGACUUUGUCAUUGUCAGACCUGCAUCUGCCUCCAGGUUUAACACAUCCUCCGUCGCGGUAGAUGUAGAGGAGCGAAGUUUGUCUGGACGGGUGAUUGGCACAGACGCCAUGCUGGAAGUCAACGAGGACUUCACUCUCUCUGUGGCCAUCACUGAUGCCUUCACCAAGGAGGACGUUCAGAAUAUUGCUUGGAAGGGCCACACAUGGCAGUGUACCGUAGAGCUGGACCCAAUUUCAACUCAAGAUGGCGGCGCCACGUUCGCUGGUACCAAGACCGCGACCUUUGACCCAGCCACCGGGCGCGCGACCUUCGUUGGUUUGUCCUUGAACCAGUAUGACCGCUACCACCUGAGGUUCCACGUCACCAGCACGCCCGGCGACCACGACUUCUGGAUCAACGCCAGCCCCAUCACGGUGUAUCCGGCCAAUCAUACGUCUCCUGUCAUCGAGAACACUGCUCGUGUGACCCUGACAUUCGACGGAAGCUAUUCGGACGCUGUAGUUGGCAAGGAAGACUAUCUGAAGACCUCCCUGUGGCAGAAGGUUGUUGGGGAGCGAUCCGAUGUCCUUGUGUCAAACUUUAGCUUUGCUGAAGGAAGCGUCAUCACCGAGUUUGACGUGGAGGGAACCAACGAAGGUGUGAACGCCACCCUCAUGGACCUGUACGACCAGGUCAAAGGGGGCAUGACCCUUGACAUCGGUGGCAGCACCCUUACGGCACGCAACAACAUGGUUGUGGAUGGGAGCAACUAUUAUGGUGCAGACGGCGGUCCCCCGGCUGCCCCGCCCUCUGCCUUCCCUGUUGUCCCAGUUGUUGUUGUGAUCGUCCUCUUACUGCUGAUCAUCAUCGCUGCCGCAGUCUUCUACUUCUAUCGCAAGAAGAAGCAACAACAAGUUGCCCACGUGAGGAACAAGGUCACAGACGACGUUCCCCUGAAGCCGUCGCCGUCGUCCUCCCGUGCUGGCGCCGACGCGGAAUCUGGCCUGGGGUCCACCAACCCCUCUUACGCUAACGUGAAGGACAGCAAUGAGGACCUGCCUCCUGUGUCCCCACAUCGCAGCCCUGGGAACAAGCCCAUCAACCCCCACCCCGUCCUGCCGCCCAUGAACAAGGGUCACACCCAGGUCACCCCCAUCGGCAGCCGCACCUCCUCCCCCAUGCCUGAGGUCGACGUCACCACCCUCUGCAGGAAGUACCAAGAACCAGAUGCCAAUGGUUGCAUCCUGCUUGACGUGGUGGCUCAAGAUCACGACUCCAGGUUCUUCAAGCUGGGCCAGCACUCUAUCAAGGUGUCCUGGUCUCUGCAGGAGUUGAGGAAGGAGCUCAAGAAGACCUUCCCGCGCCUACAGACCGGAAAGUUCGUGUACCUGAACGCCACCAUGACUGACCGCAUCCCAAAGAAGCGCGAGGAGUUCGUCCGCAUGCGAGACAUGGGCAACGGCCCCGUCAUUGUCCGCCUGACCUAAUGCGCGGAAUGGCGACCAACUGCAGGACAAUCACUGCGACUAAUGAUGGAAUCACACAAGUGCCUUUCCUGAUAAUCAUAGCUUUAAUUCUAUUAGUCAGAAGUUCUCAGAACAAAGCAUGACAAUCGUAUGAUGGAAGAAAUGAGUCAAAAUUAUGAGAGGGAUACACAUAUAACAGUUGAACUGUUUGAGACUGUGUUAAUUAUGCAUAUCUGUCGGAUAAGAUUAAAGCUUGUUAACAUCGAUUUUUAGAUUUUAUCAAUUCAAUUAUUUUUGCAUGCGUUGUUAGAGUGUUAAAAAGUAGAAAUCUAUCUAUACAAAAGUUGAAAUCUAUCUAUACAGCCAGGAGGAUGGCAUAUGAUAAUUAUCUUAAAUGAUCUUUUGAAAAUUAUCUUUAUUUAGAUCUACUAUCAAGUUGAACAUAUAUGUACAAGGUGGUGUUACAAUAUUACUCAUAUAAACUAAAUUGCAGCGAUAACAACAUGAUGGCAUGGUCAUAACACAGACAAUUUGAAAUUGAGUAUAAUUCCAAAUUUUUGGAAGUAGAUAUUUUUUUAACCAGUUAUAUGGUCUAUUACCAUACGUAGAUGCGAUCUUGGAUACUUAUACACUCUUUUCUAUAGCUUGUUUAUCUAAAGUACUUAAUAUAUAUAUGUGGUGUCUUAGGUCUUCACAAGCCAAAUAAAGGCUGUUAGUAGCUGCAAAUAUUUACAGGACAAAAUGAUAUUUCGCACUAA